AUGAUGUCCCUCACCACCCUCGUGACCCUCACCCCGACCCUCGUGGUCUACCUCAUCGCCGCCUACCUAACUCUCCAACUCGUCCUCCCUCUCUUCCUCCGCCUCUUUGUCCUCCCUCACCACCUCCGAAUCGGCCGCUUCUCAUUCUCGUCCGUCUCGGGGAUAAGCUGGGAGAAGGAUGGUGUCACGGCCAGGGUCGAGAAGGUUAGGUGUGUGCGGUGGAGGGGUAGGAGGGCGGGGCAGGGGGUUGUCGGUGAGACGCAGACGGAUAGGGACAAGGAUCGCGCGUGGUUUGUGAUCAGGUGUGAGGGCGUCACGGUGGAUGUCAAGAAGGAUGCGCUUGUGCUGCCGCGGGAGAAGCGGGAUCCGCCUCCUCCUCCAGGAGACUCACCACGACCACCUCCCCCUCCUCCGCCUCACCCCUCUCGCUUCUCAGCUCUCCUCUCCCGCCUCUCGUCCCUCCUCGUCCUCUUCGCCCUCCACAUCGACAUCACUUCCCUCACACUCGAAGACACCCUCGUCCUCUCCGGCACGCUCUGCAUAGGCGGGGAAAUCGCUCUCCGCUCGGCGGGGGCAGAGCAAGUCAAGGCUUGGGUUAGGCUGAGCAAGGUGAGGUUUGCGGAGGUUGCGACGAAGGAGGAGGGGAUGGGGAAGCAGCCGUGCCCGGCGCUGGAGAUGCGUGCGCCGCUGGUUGUACGCGUCGAGGCGCCUCUGCAGCACCUUCGGGCGAGCGCUCAUCAGCGGGAAGGCUGGGCACCGAAGGAACGGGGGGUCAAGCUGCAAGUGCUCUUCGGCGGCGCCGAGCCAGCGCAGGAAGACGCGCAGGCUCGCGAGCGGACGAGGAGAGGCUCGACUAGCGGUGGACUGGCGGGGCGGAUACGGAAGGCUUCAAUGCAGACGAGACGGGCGGCGCGAGAGGGAGAAGAGGCGGAACAGACUGGAGGAGUGCAUGUCAGGGUUCACGAGUUGAAGCGGGUGUUGGACACUGUCUCGGAGCUGGCGGCGCAGAGGAAGGCGGCGAAGCCCUCAGCACCGCGGCAACCGGAGCCGACGCUACAGCAGCCGCCGAAACGUCUAGACGAGUGUACACCGCCUCGCCCUCCCCCGCUCGCCUACCUCGACUCGCUCCUCCUCUCCGUCCCAGCCUUCGUCAUCUCAGCACACUACACCACUCCCCCGCACGUACUCUCCGCUCCCUCAACGUCCUCCGCCGCACCUCUACCGAAGACGAUCGCGUUCGCUCUGUCGGUGCACGACGUGAGGGCAGAUGUCAAGCUAGGCGGGCUGAGCGAUGAGGUUAGGGGUGGCCAUCGCGAGUGGAUUGGGAGAGGGGAGGAGGUCGCUUGGAUUGUCGGAGCUGAGUGGAGGGAAGUCGAGGGGAGGAUCAAGAUGGACGGGAGUGAGGAGGAAGUCCUCCUCGACGCCUCGAAAGCGCUCUCGUUCGGUCCGUCCCGCCUCGACGUCACCUCGACCUGGCACCCUCCCUUCCUCUCCCGCUCGACCUGUCCGCCGACCGACUGCGCCCCUCGUCCUUGCUGCUUGCACAUCCCGCAGAACCACAACGAUGCCGUCGUUGUCCUCGAGGCCUUCCUCGGAGAGGUACGCGGACAUGCUCCGUUCGAGACGAUCGAUUCGGCAUUGCGGAUCAUCAAGGCUCGACCGAGGAAGGCUACACCGUCGCGACCGUCUUCGCCCACGACUUGGGCCGGGUUUGAGGCGCACCAGCAGGACGAGACGGAGAAGAAGGCUCGCCUCGUGCAUGGUCUGCCUCGAAUCGUCGGCACAGCCAUGAUGGGCGGCGUCGAGCUUCGUAUCCAAGCUCCUCGCACCUCGCACGCCGCAGACCGCGACCCGCUGGACUCGCCCACACUGAACGGCGACCCAACAGACCCCUUCUUCCGCAACUGGUCCGCGCCCGAACUGCUUUGCCUCAGCUUUCCCAACGGGCAGGUCAGCUUCGGAGGAGAGUAUGUCGAUCGGAGUGUCAGGCGGAGCGAGUCGGAUCGCAGGGCCGCGAGGAGGGCGGCGAAGCACCGCAGGCAGGAGAGUCGGAACUCGUCCAAGUCGAGGCGGAGCGCGCAGGAUGGAGACGAGGAUGAAGAGCGAAGAGUGCGGGAGGGCGAUGACCGAGGACGAAGCACAAGUCGGGGUCGACACGAGGAGAGGCCAACGAGGACGUUCGAGGAGGAGUUUGGCGUCCCGCCGCCUCCGCCGUUGACGCAGGAGUACCACAAGCGCAAGCUGAAGCCCUUGAAGGCUAUUCCAAACCUGACGAAGGACCUGGAUCGCUUCGGCCUCGAGUACAGGACUCGCUUUUCCCUCAGUACCGACAUCCUCAACGUCUACAUCCUCGCCAGCAGUUCCGACUCGCUCACGCACGAGAACGGCUACUCGAGCGACUCGAGCGCGGGCAACGGCGGCUGGACGAAACGAGACGCUCGACUGCCGAUGCUGCCGUCAGAUCCGGUCCGACUCGACAUCCUCGCUUUCGGACCGCUCGAGUGGAACUCGGCCGUCACUCUUCUCGGCGAUGAGACCACUCGAGCCCGAGCGGACGCGCCUCUUCCCUUCGUCGACCUCUCGACCUGCCGAGGCGAGCAUGGCAUCCUUCUCGAGACGAUCGAGGUCGACCUUUGGCGGCCGAUUGUCAUGGGCUGCCUGCGCGACCUGAUCACCAUGUUCGCCACUGCCUCCGCGACCUCGACCAAGCAGAAGAAGGAGGCCGAGCGCACCGAUUCCGCUCGCGACGGCCCGUCACCAAUCGUCGACAUCUUGCCGAGCGACCAAAACCUUUACAUCGCUCUCGCCUCGUUCGACCUCCGCAUCGCUGGGACCGACCCGAAGGCGGACGCGCACUCCUGCCGCGGCAUCGCGCUGCAUUCGGGACCGGUCGUCCUCCAGUACUUGCUGCAAAGCGAGCACGAACCCGGGUUGGUCGGCAACUUUGCCGAACGAAGCGCGCUAGAGCUGACUGAGGACAUCCGGCUCGAGGCGAACGCGUGUGCGAACCCAGCGCCAAAGGCGCUCGGCGGCUCUGACCUGCCAAGUCGCAUCGCCCUCGCCAAGUUCAGCAUCCUCGACCUCAGCGUCGACCCGGUCGUCGACGCACGAGCGAGCCGAGGCCGCAAGCGGUACGCGCAGGCACGAGGGGAUGGUCACGGCGAGGAAAGGGACGACGGCUGGGAGAUGCGCGGUCGGGCGGACCUGGCCGACUUGACGGGACGGCGGAAGAGCAUUGUACCCCCACGCUUCACACCGUCGGCCACCACGACUGUCGAGGAGAAGGAGCUCGGCAAAGGCCUCAUCGUCCUGCCGCAUCUCGCCGUGCGAUUGCGAUGCCAGCGGGCGGCGCCGUCAGACGCCACCGCCACCUCGCCGAUCGACGAGUUCAUCGUCUCGUUUGCAUCCGAAACCAUCAACCUCCGCCUCGAGCUCUUCAGCAUCUACCUUUGCCUGGUCGCCAUCUCUUCAUUGCGUGUCCUCCGACCUAGCGUCUCACCUCCGACUGACGCCUCCUCCAGCGACAUCCGGGAUGCGCCUGUCACUACUAAACGACAUUCUCCCCUGAUCCAGCUCAAAGGCGAGAUUGGCGACCUCCACAUGUUUCCGACCCUCCCGCACGACACGCACCUGUUCGUCAACUUGCGCAAGAUCAACCUGCGCUUUGACAAGACGAGCGGUCUCGCCGUCAACUGGGAAAAGGCCAUGCUGGCGGGGCAAAGCCCGACGGUGCCGGGCAAGUGGGAGGACAUCAUCCGCCUGCGAGGGAGUCAGUUCCGUCUGCGACCCGAGCCCGAUAACCAGGGCAACCAUCCGUUCAUCAUCUCGCUCAGCUCGGAGACGGCUCGCCUUCGCAUUCCCUUUCGCUACAUCUUCUCCCGCAUCGUCGACAACGCCGCCUCCCUGGUCAAGGCGACGAAGCAGCUCGUGUACGAGCACGUCAAGGGUGGACAUGGCUUCAUCAUCGAGCCUCAUCCCGAAGGACCGAAGCGCCUGCCGCAGAUCGAGCUUCGCGUCGGGCUCUUCGCCGUCGAGAUGCAGGACGACCCGUUCGAGACGAAGCUCAACAUCAUCUGGCGCGCCGGAUCCGACGAGCAGAACUCGCGACUUGAGCGGCAGGCGGCCUUCGACGCCAAGGUCGAGGCGAUCCGACGAGCCGAAGCAGACGGCGGGAACGACGAAGAUGAGGGCCCGGAUACCGAAGACUCCGGCACUCGCUUUGCGUCUCGCGCAAAGUCGAAGGUCAACGCUCGGCACACUAUUGGCAUCGACGAGGCGCAGCGCGACCUUCUUGCGUACAACUCGUCGCACUGGGUUCGGCGCAUUCGCAACGCCGCCGCAGAGCAGGCGCGCCGCGAGGAGACCCUCGCUCGUCGACUAUACGGUCCCAAGGAUCGCUCUUCGAGAGCGACUGCGAACCUGCCCAUCGACCUCGUCGCGGUCAGCCGGUCGGCGCCGCUCGCUCGCGCCACCUUCCACGGCCUCAGCUUCGUCAUCACGAAGCCUUCGUUCGGCGAAGACGGUCUGCACGAUUUUCUGCACGACGUCGGCAAGGGUCUCCCUCGCGACACCAGGUUCACCCUCCUCGUCCCGCUGCAUUUCUCGUGGACAAUGGAGGAGGCCCGCUUCCAGAUCCGCGACUACCCUCUCCCGCUCCUACACGUCCCUCGCAGCGGCAGGCGCGACGUUCCGAGCUGGCAGUGCGAGUCCGACUUGGUCAUCGCCGAAGAGGUCAGCGGUCCCGAGGCGGUACGGCGAGUGCCCUGCGCCGUCAUUCCAGCGCACGUCUUCCAGGGAAUGGGCGCCCCAUACACGAUUGUCGUGCCUCGUUCCGCCAUGCCUGUCAAGACGUACGCCAUGCCGGUCGUCAAGAUCCACGCCUCGGAGCCUACCCGUAUCGGCUGGGGCAACUCGAUCCAGCCGGCCAUCCAGGAUGUCGCUCGAGUCGUCGACACUCUCUCGAAGGCGUCUCCAGACCCGUCAGAACGUAUAGGCUUCUGGGACAAGAUCCGCCUGCAGGUUCACUGGCGGGUCCAGCUCCUGUUUCCCGGCAAGGCGGCUGCCGUCCUGUUCCACCUCAAGGGCUCGCGUGACCCAUACGCGCUUACAGGCUUUGGCGCUGGUUUCGCCAAGGCGUGGAAGGGCGACGUCCAGUUCCGCAUCGGCCUCGACAACCCGGACCGCGAGUUUUUCCAGAUUCUCAGCGACGAGUACGUACUCGGCAUACCCAAUCUGCGAGAAUACGUCGACACCGCAGCGACUGGCCUCUCGACCCGUGACUCUGACGGCGAGACGCCCGCGGAUGGCUCGACCUACGCCCCUUCGACUGUCGGCGGCGACGAGUACGACACAGCGAGCACCGUCACGGCCGACGAGGACGAGGCGUCGUACUGGAUCAAGAUCUGCGCCAAGUGCGUCAACGGCGUUCGAUGGGGCAUGGGCGUCGUGCUCGAGCGUUCCUGCCGCGACAAGGGCUGCGAGAAGGCUGGAUGUUGUGGACUCGCGCCCUUCCACCGGCAGUGCCGGAUGUUCGACUUCCGUCCACACUGGGAGGUCCACACGAAGACGUCUGCCGCCAUCGGCCUGGACGGCGAGGUCGAUGACUCGUUCGCCGGCUUCCGCUCCGAUUUCGUUCACUUCUCGCUUUCUCUCACCUCGCCAGCGAACCUCUCCUUACCGAACCUCAAGAACUCGACAUCGUCGGCCGGCAGUGUCGACUACUCGGGCGAACACGGCUACAACAGCUUCCACUUCACGCCGAACGCCAUGACCCACUUCAUCCGCUGGUGGAAACUCUUCGACAGUUCGAUGUCGUUGCCGAUCCGGCAAGGCAAGCUCUUCCCGUCGGCACAGGCGCCAUCCCCCAAGUUCGGUCGACACACCGCGACGAUCAAGUACCGCUUCUCCCUCGCGCCGCUCUUCAUCUCGCACACCUAUCGGCAAGACAACUGGCAAGACUGGGCGCGUGGAGAGACGACCGUCCUGGGCAUCAAGGCCAAGAUCGGCAGGUUCAAUGUCGACCUGCACCAGCGCGCGCAGGAGAUGGUCAUCCGUCGCCCCGAGAUGUCCGAGACCAAGACGGUGACGCACAAGGUCUUCUACAUGGCCGAAGUCGACCUCGACUCGCUCGACUUGCGCACCAUCACCGCCAUCUUCCGCGAGCCGGAGAAGGCAGAGCUUGCGCCGCCCGACAUCGACCCCGAAGACGACGUCUCCCCGGCGCCGACGUACGACGACUUCGUGCUCUCGGAGGACGACCACGACUGGGUCAACCUGAACGAUUACCACGACUCGAUCUACACGAUGCCUGUCGAGGAGGAGCCGCGCAUGCGGAUCAUGCCGUUCAUCGUCAGCCCACGCUUCACCUACUACCGCCACAAAGAUGCAACCAUGUCCAAGGACUGGCCUGAGGAGAACGGCUCGUCGAACGGCACCUCCGGUUCGCCCGCCGAGAAGCCCAAGACCAAGUUCGGCGACGAGAAGUCGCAUACCUGCUUGAUGGGCUGCGCGACGGACACCAUCACCGUGCAGAUCAAGGAGGCGCAAAUGCGGCUGGUCGAGCUUGAGGGCCAGCUCGCCGACACCGACGACGACGACCUGUCCGCCGAGCUCGAGCUCCGCAUUCGCGCUGUCCACCGCAUCAUCGAACGCCUCGCGCAGGUUCGUGUGAAUGCUCACCCCGACUUCGACAGCUCGUCGGCGAGGAACCAGCACGGCCGUGGCCCCCCGACUCCAGCAACGCCCACGAGCGUCGAGGAAGAUUCGGCUGAUGCAGGCGCCCUACCGCACCUCACGAACAGUCUCUACGAAGAGUGGGGCCAGUGGGAGAACCGAUACAUGAUCCACAACCCGACAUGCCAGGUCUCGAACGCUACACGCGAUCUGCUCCUCAAGUACUACUACUCGUCGCGCGACCGCAAGGGUUUCGUCUACUACGCCUCUGCCUCGGUCCUGCGCUUCAUCCGCGACCUCGCGGAAAAGCACGAGAAGAAGCACCGACGCGACUGGUCGAGGCGCAAGUCGACGCGGACUGGCGGGUCGUCGCAGAAGCGCAGCGGUGCGUGGCACGACUCGGAGCAAGCCAACAAGUUGCUUGAGGAGCUCUCGAAGCGCGAAGGCGACUUCUGGGCGACGAACGAGGAGCAGGACGAAGGGCGCCACCAUUUCGGCGACCACCUCGAGACGGAUCCGUAUCUCGCAGCCGCCGCACUCCCCGACGUCUUCGACGCCAACUCCGGCCACCUGUGCAUGUUCAUCAAGCCUCAGGUCUCGCUGCAGAGCGAUGUCGACGACAAGUCGACGCUCAUCUUCACCGCCUUCCGAGCCCAAGUCAAGGUCUUCCAGAUCGUCGACAGCCGCAUCCCUGAGGAUCCCGUCAAUUCGGAGGUCCUGCACCAGACGUUCGCACGCCUCGACGGCAUGCAGAUCUUCUACCCUCGACAGCAGCUCCCGCGUCGCGACCGCCGUCUCCUCCAGGCCUUUGUUCCGCUCGAGACGCUCAUCGACCUGCGAGUCGAGCCGCGGGGCUUCGACCGCGUCGUCGCCCGUACGUCCGCCGCCCUUCGCUACGACAAGUUCAAUCAGCUCCGGCUCAGCUCGAAGCGCGACUUUGACGACGGCGGCCUCGGUCCCGGCUCGUCGCAGCUCGAGAGCCACUUCCACACUUCAACCGACCGCAUCUCCUUCGAGGCCGACAAGUUCACCCUGUCGGCAAAUCCGGCGCACUUUGCGGCGGUCUACAACGUCGUCACCAACCUCGUGUUGUACAGCGAUCCGGCCCGCAAGUCGCGCAGCCGCGACAUCGAAGCGCUCGUCUUUACCCGCGACUUCUCCAACCUUCGCACGCUCAUCGACACGGUGUCGAGUCUACAGCAACGACUUCGGCGCUUUGGCAGUCUCGGCCAGGAAUACCAGAUCCACCUUGACGAGCUCGACGACGAAGGCCGCCUCGAGCUCUUCAUGAGCCGCGCCGAGCUAUUUAAGGCGGCGAACGAGCUCAAUCUCGUCGUCGAGGCGUUCACGCGCGCGCAGGACUCGAACGGUCCGAAGACGACGAGCAAGCGGGCCGGCCUGCAGCUCGAGGCACACGCCGCCGAGCUCACCUGGCACAUGCUCGACAAGGGCGACUUGCCGCUCGCCAAGUUCUCCGUCAUUGGCGCCGAGUUCUCCUGGGCUUCAAAGCAGGACGGGUCCGCCUCGAACCGCAUGGUCAUCAAGGACCUGCGCGCGCUCAACAGCAGCCCCGAACAGGUCUUUGCCGAGAUCGUUGCCAAAGUCGAGGGCUGCAGCGACGAGAACCAGCUGGCCAAGGUCGACAUCUUCGCUGCUGCGCUGUGGAACACGCAUGCGCCUGUCGGAGGAAUCGCCAUCAUCGAGCGGUUCGAGCUGCACCUUCACCCGAUCAAACUCCAGCUCGAGCAUCGAGUCGGCCGCAAGAUCCUCGACUACCUCUUCGCCGAACGGCAGCAGAAGACCGGCGACGGAGGAGACGAUACGCCCUCGUCCCGCAACGGAUCUCGACUUUCGCUUCCGGCCUCCAAUUCGAGCGCAAGCCGCUCCGCCGAGUCGCUCGCUCUCCCUCGUCCGAGCCAAUCAAGCAGCACCGCCAACUUGCCGCUCACGUCGUCGAGCGGUUCGAUUCGCAGCGUCGAGACGCGCGUCCGCAAGGCGAUCUCGACCGAAGCGCUGAUCAACGAGGACCGCGAGGAAGGGCUCGACGCGGACGAGAUGAGGCGUAGGGCGGCGACGAACAGGACGUUCAUCUUCGUCGAGGUCUCGUCAACGGUGCUUUGCCUGACUUACCGGAGCGAGAAGGAGGACAAGUCGAGCCUACCGAACAUCUACAACAUCACCUACACGACGCCGCUCAUCCAGUACCGCUCCAAGACCUGGUCAUUCCUCGACAUGCUGAACGAGAUCAAACGCGACAUGAUCCGCAGCGUCUGGCAGCAAAAGGGCCAGCUGAUUGGCCAGCUCCUCUCGAAGACGCAUCGGCGCUUGCCCAUGGCGGAGGCGAGGUCCGCUGCCAAGCAGGCUGUCCAGGCUUCGAUCCGGAACCGCAUGCGCCUCGUCAAGGCUCGCGCGUCGACUUUUGCCGCGAACAACUCGUCGGUCCCGUUGCAUGAGCGCUCCCCGCCGCUCAGACACGACGACCCGCUCCUCGGCACUCCCGCCGUGCGCGAUCCCGCCUCCGCCUCGUCCUCGUCCUCCCGCUUCCCCACCGUUACAGCGCGCGACUCGUCCUCUUCCUCCUCCGACGACGAAGAAGACAACAUCGCCGACUCCUCUCUUCCCUUCGACGUUGCGGCAACCGAACUGAUCGACCCAAACGUCGAGUUCGCAGACGACGGAGAGUACCCGCAGGCUAUUGCGCAGGCGAGGGCGGCGAGGGAUGAGAGUGGUGGAAGAUAUGGAGUUAUUGGACCGCUUGUGGAGGAGCCGGAGAGCUUUGAUGAGGAAGAGGUGGGCGGAGCGGGUGAGGGUGUCGUGCGCGACUCGACGCAGAGCAGCGGCGACCUCUCGGCCAUCUCGUUCCCUACGACCGAAUCACCCUCGUCCCGCUCCGACUCGUCGCCUUACAUGUCGCUCGGCUCGACCCGCAAGCGUCCAUCGAGCAUGACCCAGCCCGCACGGUCGAUGUCGACUUCCUCGCGCCAGUCGAUCGGGUACCCGCACCACAACCCGUUGCGGAAGCAGACGGUCGAGAUGGACGACGACGAGAAGGCGAGGAUGCUGCUCGGCCGAUCGCUUGACUAG